CAAACGUCAAAGCUAACGGCAGUAUACAUAGAAAAGUUUUUUGCAGUCGUCCUGAAUUUUUCACGCACAAAACGAAAAGUGUAACGCAAUCGCUACAAUAUAAUAUUUAAGCAGAAAAAGGAGAAAAUGUUAUACGUUUAACAAAUAGCUGGAAAUUCAAAAUAUGAUUGUUAUCUAAUCGUAAACGUAGGGCCAAAGCCUUAAACUAGAUAAAUUGAUGGAAUGUCUAUGUGUAUGACAAUAUAGAAAAUCGGACAACAAUUUAAUCAGGCCGGAUAAGAUUUAUGUUGCGGCUCAAAUCAACUCUUCAAGUGCUGCAUUAUGGCGAGACUAACUUGGGCCCGGAGUCGCCUCUGCCUUAGUGUUCUAUUGGUGUUCAUAUGUUGGGCACCUGACGUCAAUCUAGUUGCUGGCGAAACUAUUAAUUACAAUCUAGUGCACUCAUGGGCGGACCGACUAGGCUUGGAACUAUUUUCCCUGGGCGAUUUCAUCACCAGACGCAAGGAAUUACUAGAAAACUUUAAACAAGAAGGAGCAAAAGUAGUUCCACGACAGGGAGGCGCAAUUGUCGAAUCAAUGGCCAAAGAAGUAGAAAUGAUGAUGGAUCUUAAAGUCAGCGCAGUGCGACGUAUUAUGGAUACGGCAGAAAACACCGCCUUGUCACAUCAAAACGAUUUGGCGGACAAAAUGUUCUCAUACUAUAAUGCCAAAGAGAUGGCGGAGCCCGGCGAACCGACGCCACCACCUCCAACAACUCCACCGGAUAUGGAUGACCAGAUUGGUGAACCACUCAUCUAUGUGCCGCCCAAGGUGUUGGUUUUGGAGCCAAGACCAGAAUUUCAUAACACAUCGGUCAACUUCAGUGUCAGUUCAGUGCACGUGCCUGUGAAUGUGUUUGAUCGAGCAUCGGAUGUUAUAAAAGCGAUUCAAUGGUCGGAGAAUUUGGAUCAAAUCUUCCGUGAUAAUUAUAAAAACGAUCCCAGUUUGUCGUGGCAAUUUUUUGGCAGUUCAACAGGCUUUAUGCGUCAAUUCCCAGCAUCGAAAUGGAAGAAGGAUGUUCCGGUCGAUCUAUAUGAUUGCCGAUUUCGCUCUUGGUACAUGGAGGCGGCGACAAGCCCAAAGGAUAUUAUUAUCCUAUUGGAUAAAUCUGGCUCAAUGUUGGGACAGAGGCUAGAUAUCGCAAAGCAUGUUGUCAAUACAAUACUCGACACGUUGGGUACAAAUGACUUUGUGAACAUCUUGACCUUUGAUAAUAAAGUCACCCCGCUUGUCCACUGUUUCGAAGAUCAGCUAAUUCAAGCAAAUCUGGGCAACAUCCGUGAACUAAAAGAAAAGAUUGAAACGAUUAAACCCCAAUCGAUUGCCAAUUAUACCGCCGCACUUACUUAUGCAUUUGAAAUAUUCGAAACUGCGAGACUUAAUUCGCGCGGAGCACUUUGCAACCAGGCCAUAAUGAUUGUUGGCGAUGGAGCUCCGGAAACUAAUGAAGAAGUUUUCCGGUUUUACAAUUGGCGUGAUCCGCCUUAUAGGCCGGUGCGCGUGUUCACCUAUUUAAUUGGUAAAGAGGUGGCAAAUUGGGAUGAUAUACGGUGGAUGGCAUGCGAGAAUCAGGGCUAUUAUGUGCACCUCAGUGAUACUGCAGAGGUGCGUGAAAUGGUCUUAAACUAUAUACCGGUAAUGGCUAGACCUCUGGUAUUGGGUAGGCACGAUCAUCCGGUUAUAUGGACGCAAGUUUAUGCGGACCUUGAGGAUACCAAGCUGUCCGAUCAUUUGUGGGAGUUGAAACAGUGCGAGGAACAAAAGGAAGAUGUCCUUGAAUACAGACGAGUUCAGGACGCGAUGCUGGAACCCAGCCAAAUGCGUCAGCGAGCGUAUCAACGGACAAAGGAGACGUGGGACCAACCAGUUGACUCGGAUGUUUAUCAAUUCAUGACAACCGUGUCAAUGCCAAUUUACGAUCGACGUGAGAAUGCGCUCAUUAAUCUAACGACCGAUAUAAAUCCGGCUGCCAAGCAAAAUACCAUAGUUACAAGAAUCGCAAACAUUUUGGGCGUGGCUGGAACCGAUGUACCAAUAACUGAAAUCAAGAAGUUGCUGUCGCCCUAUAUGCUUGGCGUCAAUGGCUAUGCGUUUAUAGUAACCAAUAAUGGUUAUGUACUAUUCCAUCCAGAUUUUCGUCCUAUUUUCCAAGGAUAUAUCUUAAAACCCGCUUACAAUAGUGUAGACAUGAUUGAAGUCGAGCUGCUGGACGAUGAUAGAAUCGCCAGAGACUUUAACCCAGUGCUAAUGACGAUACGCGAUUCGAUAAUCAAUCAGUCGACUGGAAGCAAAUGGAUGUUAGUCAAGAAUCAUUUCGAUGAAAUGAAAAGAGUGAUUCGUGUCAAGCGGCAAUAUUACUGGACUGCCAUUAAAAAUACGCCAUUUACACUGGUAAUCACAUAUCCAGAGAAGUAUGGAGUGAAUCGAGUGGAGCCACCAAUUGAACAAGAUAUCCACCGCACUCACAUUUCGGGUGGCAAAACAAUACGCAGCUUCUUUGAUGGCAAGCGAUGGAAAAUCCAUCCCGAUUGGCUUUAUUGCAAGCAAACCAACAAGACAUUCCGAACACCCGAAACAGAGCUACUUUAUUUUGUGGAUCGUAUGUCUGAGCCUGGUUGGCACUGGCCAUCGAGUCGAAGCGCAAUGCCCCCGGAACAUGCCGCGGCCAUAUACUCUAACAACUCAUCAACUGGCCGAUAUUCAUCAAUCAAUGAAAAAGAAAGAUACUAUUGUGAUCGCCAACUAAUGCAAUCUCUUGUCUUUGAUGCCCGUGUCACAAAGGGAUUCUUCGACAAAUCCAAUUAUGAUGAAAAGAGCGUUAGCGCAUCAAGCCCAAUAGCCGUAUUAAUGGGUUUGCUGCCAAGACACGAAUUCAAACAGCGAUUUGGCAUUAACGUCGUUUUUUUGGCCACACAAAGUGGUCUAACACGUUGGCAUGAGAUCCACACGAAUGCAGCAGAGCAGCCAGGUGCUGGUGAGAGCUUCAGUCAGCAACAUAAACGAGCAAUCGAUGAGAUUUGGUACAAACGAGCCGUCGAUCAAUAUUUUGUUCACCAAGAGAGUUUUGUCUACUCUGUGCCUUUCGAUGCCGCCGAGAGUGGCUCGGAAAUUAUUGUAACUGCCAGCAAUGCCAUAUUUUAUAAUGAGAGUUCCAAAUCGGCUCCAGUUGCAGUCGUCGGUUUCCAAUUUCAAUACUCUGCCUUUUACAAGCUCUUCCACAAUAUAACCGGCAAUGCCUGUUCCAUAGAUGAUAAGGAUUGUUACAUAUUGGAUAACAAUGGCUUUAUAGUCAUGUCAACACAAAAACAUGAAACUGGACGAUUCUUUGGUGAAAUCAAUGGAGCUAUUAUGAAGCGCUUAGUGGAGGAAAAGGUUUACAAACGUGUUAUUGUCUAUGACUAUCAGGCAGUAUGUUUUGAGUUGCCAAAACCCAAUGACAACAAUGCCUCAAAUAUGGUACUUUCGCCGCUUUUCAAUCUGUUGCGUAUGAGCAAAUGGCUGCUGCAUUCGGCGCUGUGGUAUAUUGUUCAACUAUUGCAAUUGGCGCCCGGUGUUAUAGCCAAUUUUGAUAACUCGUUUUUGAAUUUAAGUCUCCCAGAAACAAAACAAGACCCAGCCGAAGAGAACAUCAACUCGAAGAACGGUUGGUUAAAGUAUUUAACAUUGCAUCGCACUCGCCUCAAAGCGUGUGACAUGCAACGCAACUUAUACACAUUAUACAAUGAAAAGGAUAACGUUGUCUACAAUAUGACAGCGCACGCAUGCGAGCGGCCAUUUGUAGUCUUGCCAAUUCCGAACAGUAAUCUAGUGCUGUUGGUCAUCGAUCAGCUUUGUCCUCGAGAUGUCUCAUUGGUUCUCACUGUGAAUCCCCAAACGAUGAAUUAUCCAUACGAGACUAAUGAGUCAUCGUGCUAUAAAAAUGUUCACGAAUUCCAUCGAGUUCGUCCUGCGAGCUGCAUUAAUCGCCAUAUAAAUGAAAGCAGCAUCAAGUUGUGCGGCAAGGGCUCCAGAAUCUAUCUGAAUCUCAUCCUAUUGCUAAUUGGCCUUAUACUGAAUCGCCUGUUUAACGUUGGUUGCAUUUUUAAUAUAAAUAAUUAAUUAUUAUUCACUAUUAAUACUCCUACAUAUAGUGAUGAUCUUUUUUUUUAAUUACUACACUUAAAAAUCAUUUUGCUCUUAAUUUUAAAACAAAAAUUUAUUUGACUCUGUUCAUUCAACUCAUACAAAGCUACUCGAAAUUGUUUAAAGGGGCAUGCAUUAUGCUUUAUAUAAACUAUUAAAUCUGACAGGGUGCGAUACGUACAAUGAUAUUUCUACGUGUAAAUUCAGUAAAGGCCUUAAGAAACUUACAAAACAACGUAGACCAAAAUAUAGCUAGCCCUUCUCGGUAAUAACGUAAUCGAAUUUUACAAGAGGACAUCUAAGUUGUUGAUGCGAUACUCAAAUAUUAUAAUUUCGAAAUUAUUGAUAUAAGAACGUUGGGUGAACAAUUCUACAAUUGUAUAAUACAAAAUCGACAAAAAUUUCACUUAUGUUAUUUUCACGAGAAGGGCUCUUAAUAACAAAUUGUAGCAAAACAAACAAUUUAAUAAGUAUCCCUUAACGUAAUACUUGAUUUUAAUUGGGGAAACAACCUAAUUAUUGCUUAUGCUAGGUGAAUUGUAUAUAUAUAUAUAUGUGUGUAUGUGAGAAAUAAAGAGAAGACGACAUCCAUGAGUAUAACUGCGUGUCAAAUAUGUGUUACAAGCUUAUUUUUAAUGCCCAAGUUUGUAAGUAACACUUAGCUAAUUAUUAUGAAACAUAAAAAUACUUUCAAAAGUGCGAAAUGCGAGAAAGUUAGCCAUUUAAACAUUCAUAUAGACAAUUAGCUCGGUAUAUUAAAUAAAUUUAAGUAGCUUUUGUAUACUAGCUUAGCUUAGACAUAAAACUAAACUUAAAAUAUAGAAUCAUUGAAAUGGCUUAAUACCAUAUUAAGUUAUUUUCUAAAGAUUUGUACUAAUUUAUUGUUUUUCUAUUUAAAACACCAAAUUCAUCUAUUAAUAGCACUAAUUGAUCGCAAACAUAACCCACAAGUACCUACAUAUGUAUAAAAUCGUUUUAUUAAUUACUUCUAACUUAAUAGAAAAUGCGAGCCAAAGAACUGAUCAGAUGCUGAAGUAUCAAGCAAAUGUAGAUCAAUACAUAACCAAAUGUCAUAAAUGAAAUAACAAAGAAUACGCAAAAGCAUUUAAGCUUAUUUGAAUACUAAAACAACACUAAAGUAAACAAAACAAAUUUGCAUCUAGAUUCCAAUAACAAAAAAGCUUUAUAUUGUGAGGUUUAAGUCGUCCUACUUAAGUUGAGUAGAUUAACUAUUCUAACUGCCGCGCAAAGGCUACUGUUAUUAACUAUUUACUCUAAGCAUAAUUUUCACAUUAUUUAUGUAUAUUUAAAUAAAAUUAAUAAAAAUUCUCCCA